CUUCCUGUUCAGGUCUUUAGUGCCCAAGUCCGCAGGCCCGGUGUUCGGAAGUUCCUGGAAGUGGCCGGGCCGCAGGCUUCGGGUGCUGUACCAGGAGAAAUGGCUAGGGCCGCCGUGUACCCGGCUGUGGCGCGGGUGGAGCCGACUGUACCGCCCCUGGGCGCCCCUCUCUGUUCUUAACUCUGUGUUCUCCAGUCUUCUGUAACAUCACGACUUCAUAUGAUUCUUGCUCUGUCCAGGCGCCACCUAGUGUCUCCUCUGUUCGGCAUGACGACAUUCAGCCGCUCCUACAGAAGGGAGAGCCCAACAGAUUCCCAGAAAGACAUGAUUGAAAUCCCUUUGCCUCCAUGGCAGGAGCGAACUGAUGAGUCCUUAGAAACCAAAAGGGCCCGCCUUCUUUAUGAGAGCCGAAAGAGGGGGACGCUGGAAAACUGCAUUCUGCUAAGCCUCUUUGCUAAAGAGCAUCUGCACCACAUGACAGAAGAACAGCUGAAUCUCUAUGAUCGCCUGAUUAAUGAGCCCAGUAAUGACUGGGAUAUUUACUACUGGGCUACAGAAGCAAAACCAGCCCCAGAAGUAUUUGAAAAUGAAGUUAUGGCACUGCUGAAAGACUUUGCUAAAAACAGAAACAAAGAACAGCGACUACGGGCCCCAGAUCUUGAAUACCUCUUUGAAAAGCCACGUUGAGCUGUGCACCGCUGUCUGCCACAGGGCCCGGUCGGGAUAGGCGCCGGCCUUGACUUCCUUGCUUCUCUUAGACAUGCAGCCCCCCCAGAGCAUGUGUCCUCCCUCAGAGGACGGGUCCUCCUCUCUGUCAAGACAUAAAUAUUCAGUAGGACUCAUUCUAAUACUUUUGUUCAGUUCUAAGCCUCAGAAGCAGUUUGUCGGUGUUGUCCGUGCUCUCUGGCUCCCAUCUGCGGAGGCCUCUGCCACAAGAGGGCGCUGUAGGGAAAGCCACUGUGCUAGCUCAUUGCUUCAGCCAGAGUGUUCAGCGAAGAGGCGGCGAGCUGCAGGCGCUGUACAGCUUCGCUGGGCUUUAUGCAAGGGAAAUUCGUCCUUUCCGCCCCAGGAGGGCCCUUUCCGCCCCAGGAGGGCCCUUUCCGCCCAGGCAAGCUGGUGCAGGCCCCCUGAACUGAAUACUUCAAAGGCACCGCAGGCACAGUGAGGGCAGCUGGCAGGAAGGUGUGGGCGGGCUGCCUAAGAGCCUGUAUCCUCCUCAGAUUUUCUCUUAAAACGUUCACUUUGCAAACGGAAAGAUAAUUGAAUACUAAAGAAUAUUUUUAAAAGGAAAAUCACAAUUCCUCAACCCUCAAACAAUUAUUUUAAUUCUGUCUAGUAUAAUCCACAGUCAUGUAUUUCUAGAGUUUUACCAGGUCAUAAUCAUAGUUUAUUUCCAUGUAAAUACAAGGACAUUUCCAUGUAAAAUACAAAAAACUAGAGCGAAUGUUUUCUGUAUUUUACAGUCUUCCACAAUUAUUUUAGUUGACAAAAUAGUGACAUGUAAGGAGUAUCAUGCUAGGAUGAAUUAGUUGGAGUGUUGAGCCCUGGGGCCAGAAGACCUCUCUGUGGCUGGAGGUGGUCUCACUGAAGGGAUCUUCCCCUCAGCUGUGAUCCAGUCAGAGCUGCCACGUCCUAGGCCGGUCAUGGUGUGCCCCUGAAGAAGGCAGGCCCGGACUGGUAAGCAGGUGAUUGGUGAUCACAAGGGACACAGGCAGGCAGGAAGCACAGGCCUCCAUCGUUGUUGAGCCGCACAGUUCCUGUAUAGCCUCUUCAUGGUCCCACUUGGCUAAGGAGAGAAGAAAACCAGCCUUUCCGUACGUGGUCUUAUUAAAGCCUCACAGUACCCCUACUGA